AAGGAUACGCUGUCAAUGAGAAACGAAGCUGGCGAGCGCCUAGACUCACUGCAGAUUUCUCUGGCGGAGACAAUUUAUCGAGUAUCAAUGCAUCGAUGGUGAAAGCCCUCGCGAUUUCAUCACAGAUAGCAGACCGUGUAAAUCUAUAUACCCGCUUGUGUUUGGUCUUUGAGGGGAUGCGGCUACAGACAUGCGGAAACAUUGUAUGCAUACUUGUCAUACUGACGCUCCAAGACCCAUCGCCGUUUCUACCUUUGUCUACAGUGAAGACUACAGCUAAGCCCGAGAUUGACUGGGAUGGUCAUGUACACUUUCGAGGUCCAAUUCGGCUCUCUGCCAUGGACAACUAUUAUCAGUAAGUGAGCAGGGUCCAAUCUACAUUGGACAUAGUUCAAUGUGCAUACCUAGGAGACUCGACUAGGAGAACAGCUGCAGUAUGUAUACAGUAGAGGGCACAAGA